GAGGUGGGAGGAGGGUGUGUGUAAGAACGGGGGAGCUGGUGAGAGUUGUUAACCCCGCCCACCGCUCUCUCUCUCUCUCUCUGUCUGCAUUCCUUGCUCCUUGUCGCACGAGGAAGAAAGGAGGAGGAGAAUUGAGAGAGCGCGAGCAAACGCGCAUGGGACGGAAGGUGGUGAGCAUGGCACCAAACCAAACGCCUCCGCGCUUCCGAACUCCACUCAGACCUUAACACACACUCGGGCAAGGAACUUCAGCCCAAGCCCCUACCAUGGCUACUGAGAGUGUUUUUGUUGGACAACUAUGAGGGUGAUCUACAUCCAGAACGCCGGCUUCGUUGCUGCCUUUUCAAGACAGGAUUCUAUUUAGACCAAUUUUAGACAAAAACAGAGUAUUUAUUUAAAUAUUUUUGGAAACUUCCGACAGACAUUUCUGUUUGUUUAUGUUCACUUACUCAAACAUACGGAGGAAAGAAACAAUGUGUAUGAUGACCAUGCAAAGACAUUUGUUAUUCUAUUCCCACUCUCAUAUUUGCGUGAGCAUAUUGUGGAGCGCAGCUUUCUAGACCUAUACUUACUGAAUUGAAAGGAAACCGAUAUAAGUAUAUUUAUUUGUUUAUUACAGCGUUUGGUCAGUAUUUUCAUUGAUCUUCAGAAACGCCAGUGAACUAGUGUGUGAAGUUACUGUAUAGCCAUGGAGACCGUGUCGGUUCUACAACAGCAGCUGUCCCAUCCCGGGACCAUGACUGACCAGCACUCAAGCGAGCACUGUGCUGAGGACGUGCUCCUGCCGGUUGACUAUCCUGCCGGCGAGGUCCCGCCAUCGGGGCGCAGGGGCUCCAGCGUCAAGAAGCAUCUGCACAAACACAACCUGAAACACCGAUACGAGCUGAAGGAGACGCUGGGUAGAGGGACUUACGGCAAAGUGAAGAAAGCCAUAGAAAGACACACCGGCCGGGUGGUGGCCAUUAAGUCCAUCCGUAAGGAGAAGAUUAGAGAUGAGCAGGACAUGGUUCACAUCCGGCGAGAAAUUGAGAUCAUGUCCUCACUCCGACACCCACACAUCAUCUCCAUCCAUGAAGUGUUUGAGAAUAAGGAUAAGAUCGUGAUUGUGAUGGAGUACGCCAGUAAAGGGGAGCUGUAUGAGUACAUCAGUGAGAGGAGGAGACUGAGCGAGAGGGAGACGCGGCACUUCUUUAGACAGAUCGUCUCCGCUGUGCACUUCUGCCACAAGAAUGGGAUUGUGCAUCGAGAUUUAAAACUGGAAAACGUGCUGCUGGAUGAGAACUGUAACAUAAAGAUUGCGGACUUCGGCCUGUCCAACCUGUACCACAAAGACACGCUCCUGAACACCUUCUGUGGAAGCCCUCUCUACGCCUCUCCAGAGAUCGUCAACGGCAGGCCCUAUAAAGGCCCAGAGGUGGACAGCUGGGCUCUGGGAGUGCUGCUGUAUACACUCGUCUACGGGACCAUGCCAUUUGACGGAGGGGACCACAGGAUACUCAUAAGGCAGAUCAGCAAUGGAGAAUACAGGGAGCCCACCCAGUCCUCAGAUGCCCGUGGUCUGAUCCGGUGGAUGCUGAUGGUGAACCCCGAGCGGCGGGCCACGGUGGAGGACAUCGCCAACCACUGGUGGGUCAACUGGGGCUGGAAGUCCACCGUGUGCGACUGCGACGUCCAGCGAGGCGACUUACCCGGUUCCUCCCCGAUGCUGGCCCGCUUCAUCGACUGGCAGAACCGCGCCGACGGUCGCUCUGUUGCCAAGGCUCCACGCGGAUCGGAACCGGCCUCCGGCGCGGACGCCGGCCCGGCCCGCCAGCGCCUGAGGAGGUCGUCGAAGGAGAACGACGCCGGCGUUGGCGUCGGCGUGCGCACCGGAGGUCACGUGACCCUGGAAGACCAGCCCGGCCUGAAGAGGCCCAAGGGGAUCCUGAAGACGCGGGUCAGCGGAGACCAUCGCUCGCAGAGCCUGGGCGAGCUGGAGCUCCGGCGCUCACUCCAGUACCAGGACGUCACCUCCGCCCCCGGCCCCGAGGAGGACGCGGAGGAGCACGGGCACGGGCGCUUCUUCCUCAGUGGCUCCCUGGCCAAGAUGGUGCCCACGCUGCCCAAGAAGGGCAUCCUGAAGAACAACCAGCAGCGCGAGUCGGGAUACUACUCUUCACCGGAGCGCAGUGAGUCCUCCGAGUUGCUAGGGGGCGCCACCAUGCCCCCGCCACCGGCCCCGACGGGCUCGCCCACGCGGAGGGCGGUGGGGAGGAAGGGAAUUCUGAAGCGUAACGGGAAGUACUCCACCCACAACAGCAGCAGUGCCCAACUGUCCGCCGGUAUCCACGGCGACCCGUCCACAUCCGACUCCGGCCUCUCCCGGAGCCAGAGUCGGCCGUCGAGCAUCGUGGACGAGGAGACGGGCCUCUCCUGCGCGCCCUUCAUGGGCAUGGACUGGCCUCCCGCCUCGCCCAAGCCCAACAUCAGGGCCUGCAUGUCGGCCGAGGACCUACUCCCGCUGGCUGGCUUCAGAGGCCUACAGACGGCCCCCGCUCUCCAUGGGGGGAAGAUGACGCGAAGUCCGCCCGGCUCGCCCGGAGACAACGGGAGCUUCUCUCUGCUCGGGGACCUGGAUGACAUGACCCAGGUCUACCAGCUGGCCCUGGACAUCAGCAGCACGUUAACCUAGAGAGGAGAGAGAGGGAGAGGGAGAGGUAGGGAGAAUAUGAGAAUUUAAUGAGAAUAUGACUGGAAAUACUCAGAGGACAUUUAGACAGAGAAGCUGGAGAUGAACAGUGCAGUCUCUCCACACCUCUGAAGCCAAUGACUGAGCUGCCAUGAAAUGUUUACAUGCCAACCCGAGGGAAAUAAGAGAAGUGUGUUGUUUAACACACACACACACACACACACACACACACACACACACACACACACUCAGUGGCUGCAUUUGGAUGAGCUACUGUACCAAAGGUGAACUGGUGAGACUGUCAGACCAAACACACCAUUCACGUCUAGUGUGUAAGUUCUAAAUAUUGAUCUAUUUAUUGAUUAUAGAGUUGUGUCAUAUACAAUGUGUCCUGAUCAGACCAUUGGUUGACCAGUGUAACUAUUGCUUCAAAGAUUGGCUUAAUAACAAGAUUGUGUUUCUGUUGAUGUACGUUUUUUGUCAAGUUUCAUUUUUUAAAUUAUGCUUAAUGGCGCAACAUGUAUAAUAUGAGUACUCAAGUUGGGACAAAGGGAAAAAAAGAACAUGCUCAUUUAUAAAUUUACUUGUAAAGAAACCUAAAGUGAUAACUUUUUUAGGGAGCAUUUGCGGUUCCGAAAGCUUACUCAUGUGGAGAAAAGCAGUAUUCUUUCUGUGGAGGUGACGGGGAGUAUGACACCAAGCACUUUCCCCGCCAACGGAAUUGCACAAAGAUUAGGGGGUGACAGUGAUGUAAUAAAGGUGGUUGUCAUGGAAUCCUGUUUCAA